AUGUUGAAUGACAAUUCCCAGGUGUUCCUAGGGGUCUCCCCAGGAGACUCUCAGUCUUCUCUCGUAUCAGCUCUUGGACACACGCACCAGCGACAGUCGUUCUGCGGCGAUUCAGAGGGCUGGGGUCCCUUGAGUAUCACGGGCUAUCAUCUCACUCCAUGCUUCCUCGAUGCUACUAUGGCUGUGGUGGCCAUUUGGGGAUCUUUGGCAGGUGCAGGUGCUCUAUGGCUUCUGCUCAAAAAACGCAUUCCCCAGCCGGUCUCGAAGAAUUGGCAUUUCUAUGCAAAACUGGCCGUCCUUGCUUCCAUUAUCUUGGUGACCGCGCUCCAAGCAGCCCUGCAAAUCGAAUCCCAGCCUAAGAAAUUCUGGGCCGACUUUCGUUUUUGGUCCUCCAUUCUCACUCUCGGCUCGCUGGGUGUGGUUUUCGCUGUUCAGUACUUUGAACAUUGGCGGAGCCGACAGCCGAAUGGAGUAGUCCUUUUCUAUUGGCCCCUUUUCAUCAUCGCUUAUGCCAUCAAGCUUCAGGCGCUUGUCGAUCGGAAAGAAUACCUUAGUCAGCUCCCAUAUUUCAUCGCCAUCAAUAUAAGUUUGGGAUUGGCGCUGGUGGAGUUUAUUCUAGAGUACGUCGUUCCCAAGAAGCAGAGCGCCUACGAUGCUUUGGGCGACGAAGACGAGUGCCCCUACAACUAUGCCGAUAUCUUCUCAGUCCUCACCUUCAGCUGGAUGACGCCACUGAUGAAAUUUGGAUACACGAAUUACUUAACCCAAGAUGAUCUGUGGAAUCUGCGUCGUCGCGAUACCACCCGCGCGACAGCCGAUGAUCUGACUAAUGCAUGGGAUGAAGAAUUAGAGAAGAAGAGCCCGUCUCUUUGGAUUGCUCUCUUCAAGGCUUUCAGUGGUCCAUACAUCUUCGGUGCACUCAUCAAGUCGGUUAGUGACGUAUUAGCUUUUGCCCAGCCACAAUUGCUGCGGUACCUGAUCGCUUUCAUUGAUUCAUAUCGUGGCCCAGACCCGCAGCCAGUCGUCCGAGGUGUUGCUAUCGCUCUUGCGAUGUUCUUUGUCUCUGUCUGUCAGACAAGCUGUCUCCACCAAUACUUCCAGCGAGCCUUCGAUACUGGCAUGCGAGUCAAGUCCUCACUAACUGCCAUGAUCUAUGCCAAGGCUCUGCGCUUAUCCCCUGAGGGUCGCUCGACUAAGACCACAGGUGACAUUGUCAACCACAUGGCCGUCGACCAGCAGCGACUUUCAGAUUUGACGCAGUUUGGAACUCAGCUGCUGUCGGCUCCGUUUCAAAUUGUACUAUGCAUGGUGUCGCUGUACCAGCUUGUCGGCGCGAGCAUGUUUGCGGGUAUCGCAGUCAUGAUUCUCAUGAUUCCUCUGAACGGUGUUAUCGCUCGCAUGAUGAAGAAGCUGCAAAUUACUCAAAUGAAGAAUAAGGACUCGAGAACUCGCUUGAUGACCGAAAUCCUCAACAACAUCAAAAGUAUCAAGCUUUAUGCCUGGAACACUGCUUUCAUGAACAAACUCAGCCAUAUCCGAAAUGAUCUGGAGCUCAACACUCUGCGCAAAAUCGGUGCCACCCAGGCCAUCGCUAACUUUACCUGGCAGUCAACUCCAUUCCUCGUUUCUUGCUCGACAUUUACUGUAUUCGUUUUGAUGAGCGAUCAACCGUUGACAACGGAGAUUGUUUUCCCAGCCCUGACUCUCUUCAACCUGUUGACAUUCCCUCUUUCGAUAUUGCCUAUGGUUAUCACCUCCGUUAUUGAGUCUUCCGUGGCUGUGAACCGACUGAUGGAUUUCUUCAUGGCAGAAGAGCUUCAAACUGAUGCCGUUGUAUUCCAAGAUCCAGUCGAGCAUGUAGGAGAUGAAGCUGUUCGUGUUCUCCACGCUUCGUUUUCCUGGAACCGCCACAGCGGAAACUCAGUGCUAGAGAACAUUAGUCUUAGUGCACGCAAGGGUGAACUAAGCUGCAUCGUUGGCCGUGUUGGGGCUGGCAAGUCCUCUCUCCUUCAAUCAAUCCUUGGUGAACUAUGGAAGAGCCAAGGUGAAGUAACCGUCCGAGGUCGCAUCGCUUACGUUGCUCAAUCUCCAUGGGUGAUGAAUGCCAGUGUUCGCGAGAACAUUGUAUUUGGGCACCGUUGGGACCCCGACUUCUACGAGCUCACUGUUGAGGCCUGCGCUCUAAUUGACGACUUCAAGACCCUCCCUGAUGGAGACCAGACCGAAGUCGGGGAGCGUGGAAUUUCUCUCUCUGGUGGCCAAAAGGCUCGAUUGACCCUCGCAAGAGCUGUCUAUGCCCGUGCAGAUAUCUAUCUUCUCGAUGACGUUCUCUCCGCGGUUGACCAGCAUGUCGGUCGUCACAUCAUUAACAAGGUGCUCGGGCAGUCUGGUAUUCUGAGCGGUAAAACAAGAAUCCUUGCCACGAAUGCCAUUACCGUACUCAAGGAGGCCGACUACAUCGGAUUGCUACGCGAUAAGACUAUCAUUGAAAAUGGCACAUACGACCAACUUAUGGCAAUGAAGGGCGAAAUCGCCAAUCUUGUACGGACUAAUUUGGUAGAAUCUGACGACGAGAACUCCCCCAGCGCCUCUGACGAUGAUCUCGCCAGUCUUGGUAACUCUACCUCUGAAACCAUUAUCGAGACUGGGAAUGAAUCGGAAGAUGAAGAAGUGGAAGAACUGGGUGCUCUAGUACCUAUCAAGGGCUCCGAGACUCGUCGUAGAACCAGUACAGUCACCUUGCGCCGAGCCAGUACUGCAACUUGGCAGGGACCCCGGCGCAAGUUGCAUGACGAGGAGAACAUUCUCAAGAGCAAGCAGACUCAGGAAGCUUCGCAACAGGGUAAAGUUAAGUGGGGCGUCUACGCUGAGUAUGCCAAGAACAGUAAUGUUGUGGCUGUCUGUUUCUACCUUUUUGCUCUUUUGGCAGCACAAACUGCUCAGGUUCUUGGUAACUUCUGGCUGAAGAGCUGGACCGAGUCUAACGAGAAGAGCGGUACCAACCAGCAUGUCGGCAAGUUCAUUGGUGUUUACCUGGCCCUUGGUCUUGGAUCAUCACUCCUUGUCAUUCUCCAAAACCUAAUCUUGUGGAUUUUCUGCUCGAUUGAGGCAUCUCGAAAGCUCCACGAGCGCAUGGCCUUUGCUAUUUUCCGCUCACCUAUGAGCUUCUUCGAGACUACCCCGUCUGGAAGAAUUCUCAACCGAUUCUCCAGUGAUAUCUACCGUGUUGACGAAGUACUUGCCCGUACUUUCAACAUGUUGUUUGCCAACUCUGCUCGUGCGGUUUUCACCAUGGUAGUGAUUGCAACCUCAACGCCCGCGUUCUUGGUGCUGGUCAUCCCCCUGGCUUGGGUUUAUCUCAGUUACCAGAAGUACUACCUGCGAACAUCUCGCGAGCUGAAGCGCCUGGACAGUGUGACUCGUAGUCCCAUAUUUGCCCAUUUCCAAGAAUCUCUGGGUGGAAUUUCAACCAUCCGUGCCUACCGUCAAGAGAACCGCUUUGCUCUCGAGAAUGAGUGGCGCAUGGAUGCCAAUCUGCGCGCUUACUUCCCCUCUAUCAGUGCAAACCGCUGGCUUGCUGUUCGUCUCGAGUUUAUUGGUUCAAUCAUUAUCCUGGCAUCUGCUGGCCUUGCCAUCACGUCGGUUGCAACUGGUAGCGGUCUUUCAGCCGGUAUGGUUGGUUUGGCCAUGUCUUACGCCCUUCAAAUCACACAGUCGCUCAACUGGAUUGUUCGUCAGACCGUCGAGGUCGAGACCAACAUUGUCUCCGUUGAACGAGUGCUCGAAUAUGCCAACCUCCCAAGCGAGGCCCCAGAGGUCAUUUUCAAGCGCCGACCCGCCAUCGGUUGGCCUGCCCAGGGUGCUGUUUCAUUCCAGGACUACAGUACUCGAUACCGCCCUGGCCUUGACUUGGUGCUCAAGGAUAUCAACCUCGAUAUCAAGCCUCGUGAGAAGAUUGGUGUUGUUGGUCGAACUGGGGCUGGAAAGAGCUCUCUUACCCUGGCUUUGUUCAGAAUGAUCGAGCCCACGAAUGGAACUAUCAGUAUUGAUGGACUUGAUGUGACUACCAUUGGCUUAUUUGACCUACGUGGCCGUCUUGCCAUUAUUCCUCAGGAUCCUGCAAUGUUUGAAGGAACUUUGCGUGAUAACCUUGAUCCGCGCCAUGCUCAUGAUGAUACUGAACUAUGGAGCGUACUUGACCACGCAAAGCUGAAGGAUCACGUCUCCUCGAUGGAAGGUCAACUUGACGCCGAGAUCCAGGAAGGAGGAUCCAACCUGAGUCAAGGCCAGCGCCAGCUGGUUUCGCUCGCACGAGCACUAUUGACACCCAGCAACAUCCUUGUUCUAGAUGAGGCAACAGCCGCCGUCGAUGUAGAGACAGACGCAUUGCUCCAACGCACACUGCGCAGCAGCGUCUUCUCAGAUCGUACCAUCAUCACCAUUGCGCACCGCAUCAACACCAUCAUCGACUCGGAUCGUAUUGUCGUGUUGGACAAGGGCCGAGUGGCGGAAUUUGACACCCCAGCUGAACUGAUCAAGCAAGGUGGACGAUUCUACGAGCUUGCCAAGGAGGCUGGCCUGUUGGAUGGCGACGGUCUAGCCUCCUCCAGUUCCUCAUAG